CCAAAAUGUAAGCCCAGGAACUUCCGCUGUGCCAUCAAAGGCACUCCGACCACCUUAUUAGCUCCUGCCUUUUAAGCUACCUACUUUUUGUCAAUGGCGCGAGUUUCUGGGGGCAUUUCGCUAGAACAGUGGGAGCUCAAGACGCAACUGACCGAAAAUGAAUUGCAAAGCGUAUACGAUUUACAAGAUGCCUGUGAAGAACUCCCUCUACCAACCAAUUGGAUCUCGUCUUCACCAGCUCUAGCAAAGUCAUCAUCCGGUGUGCGAACUCCAGACUCUUUUUCGAAUGCAGCACUGACGUCGUUGAACGCUGGCGCGCUUUCGAGCCGUCUAACUGCGCUGACAACACGCCCGCGAUCGAGCACAAAUCUUUUGGUCGAGACAACCGCGGCCGUUUCCGAAUUUCAGACGCGGUCGGCUCACGGUAUCGGAUCUGAUAAACCAAUAGAAACUUUGCAGCAGUUUUUUGAUUGGUUCGCUAAUAUGGAGCCAGAGAUGGAAAAAGAUCAAGAAGACGUCUAUCGAAACUAUCUUUCUGUAGUUUCCUUGUAUCGAGAAUCAUGCGACGAGUUUCUAUCGGAUCUUAAAGCAACGGCUGGAUUGUUUGAUGAACUUGACAGUGAAUAUGGAUAUGUAGAGAAACGGACACGAUCGCUGCAAACAGCAUGCGAAAAACUAUUGAAUGAACAGGAACGGUUGGUUAAACUUGCCGAUGCAUUGGCAGAACGACUAGCUUAUUUUAACCAAUUGGAAGCGAUCGCAAAACUGUUCAAUUCGCCUGGAGACGACGUGUGUCUGCAUCCCGACUUUGUACCAAUGUUACAGAAACUCGACGAGUGUAUUGAGUAUAUGCAACAGCAUCUGAAGUACCGGGACGCCGAGCUGUAUCUAAUGCGAUUCCGACAAUGUAUGACGCGUGGCAUGACAGUGAUAAAGAUGUAUUUAAUCACUACAAUCAAGUCCCUUGGAUACGAUAUCUACACGCAAACUUCAUCCAAUUCAGCAGAUCAGCCCCUUGCACUGAGUAAGCAAACAACCUUAUUCUACGUCAAAUUCCGCAUGAUUUCCUCGACUGUUAAACCUUUAAGCAUUGAGCUGGAAAAGCGUUGUGAAGGUCACAAAGAAUAUCAGUCAUUAUACCAGGAUACACUCAACGCCUAUUUUCAAACCAGGCAGAAUCUACUGGGCCCUGUAAUCUCAAGAAAAACACAAGAACUUGGGCCUUACGGUGAUCUUUUAGCAUUCGCUAGAAAUGGAUGUGCAUACAUGAUGAACUUGUGUAUGGACGAAUUUAAUUUAUUUUACAACUUUUUCCGGUCAGGCGAUGAUGAAUUAUACUCUUUUCUUGAUCUAUUGACAAGUUAUCUUUACGAUCAUCUCCGUCCACGUAUCAUCCAUGAAAAUAACAUAUCCGUCUUGUCAGAACUAUGCAGCAUAUUUCAGAUGUACGUUUUGCGCGACGAGACCUUUACAGAAGGAGAUCAUUCCGACAAUGACAGUCGACCAAAAUUAGAGUUCGGCCAUUUGAUCCAGAACGUUCUUGAGGACUCGCAAGGACGUCUGGUUUUUCGCGCACAAACAUAUAUCGAUAAUGACAUACAAAAAUACCAACCUAAGCAAGAAGACUACGAAAUCCACGCACCACCAGAUAAUAGUAUGAAAACGUCUAUCGUUUUGGAAGGGUCCAAGGCAAACGCACCAUUGCAAAAUACAGAGAUACCUGCAACUUUGCCUAUUGAAGAAGACACACAAUCAGACACGCAGUCGAUGAAGGACCGAAGCGAGAAGCAAAAUUUAUCCGUGAGUACUUCCGAUUCACCAUUGGGUCAAGGCACGGAUUCAACGCGUGGAUGGUUUCCUACUUUACAGAAAACCCUGUGGAUUCUUUCCAAACUGUAUCAUUGUGUACAGACUGUGGUUUUUGAAGAUUUGGCUCAAGACGCCGUAUCCCUUUGUAAUGAAUCUCUUAGAAAUGCUGCUGAAACUAUCACUGCUAAGAAGUCUCGACUGGAUGGUCAACUAUUUCUUAUCAAACACUUGCUGGUGUUGAAGGAACAACUUGCGCCAUUUGAGGCUAACUUGAUUCACUCGGGCAAAGCACUUGAUUUCUCGCACGUAACUGACACGCUGAGCUCUUUUCAACAAAACCGGUCUCUUAUCUUCAAUCCAAAUGCAUUGAUUGGGUUGGCACAAACGGGUAUGCCUCGGGUGGUUGAGAUCAGCCUGGACUCUAGGCGAGAUAUUGAUCGAGAAUUGAAGCGUGUCUGUGAGGAUUUUAUUACCGACUGCGCCCUUGGUGCUGCAGAGCCAUUAACAAAUUUCAUGAUCAAGGUAUCGACUGCGCGACCAGCCAAUGUUGAAGUUCGAGAUCAAUCUUUUACCAAUGAUGCUCGAGAAACUGCAGAUCAGUUCAUGGAAUCAACAGGGGAACGAAUACGGUUCGUACUUAAGAAGUUCCGUGAAUAUGUAAAUGAUCAUAAAAUCGAGCAAAUAUUGAUGAAACCGAUCCAGGCCAAUAUUCUCGAUCAAUACAAGGCCUUUAUUCAAACGGUGGAGACGGAUUGGAAAAUACAAAAUUCAGAGGAUCCAUUCAUGUCUGUAGAAGCCAUGGCCGUAUGGCUUUCACAGCUAAAGGAUCAAUUAGACGAAUUACCACAAUAAAAACUAUACGAAACAGCAACUUCAUUAAUUCUGUUUUUACAAUGCUCGUUUAUUUUGAUAGUUAUAGAUUUCAAUGGUCUUCUACUUGCAUGGCGCUAGAAGGUGA